GUCCGGCGUCCGAGGUGGUUGGUCGUUGGUUAUUUCCAGGCAGAGAAGGAAGCCAGUGCCUGGCGAUCUCUCCACAUGUCCACCUGCCAUGAUUAAGUGUUUGUCAGAUGAAGUACAAGCCAAGUUGCGCUCGGGUUUGGCGAUAAGCUCCUUAGGCCAGUGUGUUGAGGAACUUGCCUUCAACAGUAUUGAUGCUGAAGCAACAUGUGUGGCCAUCAGAGUGAAUAUGGAAACCUUCCAAGUUCAAGUGGUAGACAAUGGAUUUGGGAUGGCGGGUGAAGACAUAGCGAAGGUGGGAAACCGGUAUUUUACCAGCAAAUGCGACUCAGUACGGGACUUGGAGAACCCAAGGUAUUAUGGUUUCCGAGGAGAGGCCUUGGCAAGUAUAGCUGACAUGGCUAGUGCUAUGGAAAUUUCAUCCAAGAAAAACAGGACAAUGAAAACCUUUGUGAAAAUGUUUCAGAACGGAAAAGCCCUAAAUGCUUGUGAAGCUGAUUUGACCAGACCAAGUGUGGGGACAACAGUAACAGUCUAUAACCUAUUUUACCAGUUACCUGUGAGGAGGAAAAGCAUGGAUCCCAGGCUAGAGUUUGAGAAAGUCAGGCGGAGGAUAGAAGCUCUGUCACUCAUGCACCCAUCUAUUUCUUUCUCUUUGAGGAAUGAUGUUUCUGGUUCCAUGGUUCUUCAGCUCCCUAAAACCAAAGACAUAUGUUCUCGAUUUUGUCAAAUUUAUGGAUUGGGCAAGUCUCAAAAGUUAAGAGAAAUACAUUUUAAAUACAAGGAAUUUGAGUUCAGUGGCUACAUCAGCUCCGAAGCACACUAUAAUAAGAAUAUGCAGUUUUUGUUUGUGAACAGAAGACUGAUUUUAAGAACAAAGUUGCAUAAACUCAUUGACUUUUUAUUAAGAAAAGAAAGUAUUAUAUGCAGGCAAAAGAAUGGCUCUGCCAGUAGGCAAAUGAAUUCAAGUCCUCGGCAUCGUUCUGCCUCGGAACUCCAUGGCAUAUAUGUAAUCAAUGUGGAAUGCCAGUUCUGUGAAUAUGAUGUGUGCUUGGAGCCAGCCAAAACGCUGAUUGAGUUUCAGAACUGGGAUAGCCUGUUGGUGUGUAUUCAGGAAGGAGUAAAGAAGUUUUUAAAGCAAGAAAAAUUAUUUGUUGAAUUAUCAGGUGAAGAUAUUAAGGAAUUUAAUGAAGAUAAUGGUUUCAGUUUGUUUGGUGCUACCCUUCAGACACAUGUGUCCACUCUGGAGAAGUGUGACCAAAGCAGUUUCCAGGAAGCAUGUAGUAAUAUCUUGGAUUCCUAUGAAAUGUUUAAUCUGCAGUCAAAAGCUGUAAAAAGAAUAGCUACUAUAGGAAAUAAAAACACAGAGAAUUCUGGGGAUUCAGAUGCUACCAGAAAAAAAACAGACUCAUUGUACACGUAUGGAUCGGAUGGCCUGGGCCACAGUAAGAUGGUAGAGUCAUCGUUACACAAGGACAGUGUCUGUUUAGAAGCAAGGAUGUUGGAAGAGGUAGUCGAAGCAUCAGACUCCGGAGAACAUGAGAAAUGUAAGACAUCCUUCUUGGAACACAGGACUUCAGGAAGUCCAAAAAUGUUUUCAAGCCCUAUUCAGACAUGUCAUCUCUUUGAGGAGAGUGAGGCAGAUCUAGAAAUACAGAAAAUAAGUCCUACUGUUAAUGUCAUGUCUGCCAACAUCCCCCCAAAUAGUGACAUUCAGAGUCAACUAGAGAAAUUUAAAGAUGCUACUGAAGUGGGAUGCCAACCUCUGCCUUUUGAGACAAUGUUAUUAAGAGUACAGAGUACUCAGAGGAAGGAGAGAAAAAGGGAGCCUAGUAGUCAUGAAAGAGUAAAUGUUUUUAGUUAUGGACAAGUUAAAUUAUGCUCCACUGGCUUUAUAACUCAUGUUGUACAAAAUGAGCACACAAACUCAACUGAAACAGAACAUCCAUUUAAAAAUUAUGUUCGACCUGGUCCUGUAAGUGCCCAAGAAACAUUUGGAAAUAGAACACACCAUGCAACUGAGACUCCAGACAGCAACGAUUUAACAAGCACUCUAAGUAAAGAGUCCACUCAGCUGCCCAGCAAAAGGUUUUGCACAACAAAUAGAGUUUAUGGGACAGAGAAGAAACCAGUAGCAACAGAUGAGGACUGGUCCCUUUUUCAGGAAAGCGGUAAGGGAUCACACACAGAUCACAUUUUACCUGAUACAUCUUCCUUCCCAUGGUAUAGAUACACGUCCCGUGGUUGUAAGAAAACAGAUAAGAUGAUGGUUUCCUCCAAACACACAGUCCAUCGGAAGCUAAGCUUACGUUCACGAGUAGGAUCUUUAGAGAAGUUUAAGAGGCAAUAUGGAAAGGUUAACAAUUCUUCAGUUACAGAAGAGGACAAUAGCACUGAAGUCGGGACCCACCUCGAUCCUCAAGUCGAGCCUGACUUUCUACUGAAAGACAAGAGCCGCUUAGCUAUGUCUGAUGGUUGUAAGAUCACUACUGUGGAGCACAGUGAUUCAUAUGAUACCUGUCAACCAGUAAGUCACGUCCUGUACUCAGAGGAAAUUUCAUUUUCCAAAGGAGAUCACUUAGACCAGAUGCCUCACUGGAGGGAAAGUCCUAUUACUCUGGCAGAAUUAGCUCAGUGUAACAGAAAACCUUCAGGUGUUGAGAAGUCCUCUGAGUCACUGGCUUCUAAAUUAUCCAGACUGAAAGGUUCUGAAAGAGACGUGCAAACUGUGGAGAUGACAGGUCAUAUUAAUGCACUUCAAGAUUCAGAUCCCACUUGGAAAGAUAACAGCCAGUUCCCUGGGCUAGACUUACAUUUUUGUGAGUUAUUAAAAAAUAAGCAUGAAAAAGGAGAGAGUGACAUGCUUCUAAUGCCAGAUUCUGCCACCCAGGAUGAUUCCAUCAAUAAAAACAGGACAGUACAUUCUGACAAUAAAAUGGAUGAUACAGAGAAGCCAGAAACUUUUUUGCUGUUACCUGGUAAUGAUUCUGAAAUCAGCAAAGAUUCAGAUGUUCUCUUCAGAGCUUCAGAACAACAUAAAGGAAAUCCUGAGUCUCCCAGUAGAAUGAUAGCAAGUCAGGUAGAAGAUACCACUGACAGCCAAGAUGAAACUUACUCCCAGAGUGAUGACUUUAAGACAAGAUUUUGUUCCAAAAAUGAAGGAUCGAAUACAUGCUCUGUGGACUGGCUGCAGCAUUUUGACGUAGCCCAGGGCAGAAUGGUUUACGUCAAUAGACUGACAGGACUUAGCACUUUUGUUGCUCCCAGCGAAGACACUCAAACUGCCUGUACUAAAGACCUGACAACCGUGGCUGUGGACGUCCUGCUUGGGAAUGGGUUUCAGUACAGGUGUCAUCCUUUUAGAAGCGAUCUUGUUCUUCCUUUCCUCCCAAGAUCUCAGGAAGAGAGGACUACGCUGAGACAGAGUAACAGAGAUGCUGUGGAUGCUGCUGUUGUCAGUGGAUCACUUCAGUCUUUAUUUUCAGAAUGGAACAAUCCAGUGUUCGCCCGUUACCCAGAGGUUGCUGUUGAUGUCAGCAGUGGCCAGGCUGAGAGCUUAGCAGUUAAAAUUCACAACGUACUGUAUCCCUAUCGCUUCACCAAAGAGAUGAUUCAUUCAGUACAGGUUCUCCAGCAAGUGGAUAACAAGUUUAUUGCCUGUCUAAUGAGCACAAGAAUGGAAGAAAAUGGCAAAGCAGGUGGAAACCUGCUAGUCUUGGUGGACCAGCAUGCUGCCCAUGAGCGCAUUCGUUUGGAACAGCUCAUUACUG